AUGAUAAAAGAACUUCCAAAGAAGGGAGGCAAGAUUUGGACUCCAUAUAAUAUGCGUGUUCCUAGAAAGUGUAAUGAGAGAUGCUAUCAGAUUCGUGUACUCCCUGUGCCUUUGAAGACACAUGUUGUUCAACUGAGCAAAUUUGAUUACAGGCUUUCUAACAAGUUGGAGACUGAUUUGCAAAAGCUUAGAUGUAGAGUAAAUUGUCAUGAUUUAAGGUUCAUUGAUCCCAUAAAUAAAAUGGGUCAAAAUUUGGUCAACCAAAUGAGGAUGAUGGGCAAACACUAUGUUGCUUUACACCUGAGGUAUGCACUUGAUGCUUCUUGUAUUGAUCUUCACUAA